CUGGAAAGCGUUUUUGUUUAUAAACUUGUAAAUUUUCUCAACUAGUAGUUUCUUUUAAAAAUUUGUUAAGACGACAGAAAUAAUGUCAAACAACAGAAACACAAUAAAAAAUACAUUAAAUUUAUAUUUAAAACAGAAAAACUAUCCGAUAAAUGAUCGAUUUCGAAAGAGUGACUUGGUGCUGACACAGUCAAAAGAGGAAUUUCUGAUGGACCUCAAAUUACGAAAUGAAAUUUCGCGAACGAAUUCGUUUACAUUUUCAAACAUAUCCAGUCUCAAUGGAAGUCAGAAUCCCGUUGAUCAACAGAUGUCUAAAUUAGUAAAAUUUAUUCAGUGCCAGAAAAGUAAUAUUGUUCGUAGAGAGCUUGAGACGCUCCUUCCCCCACUCGUUUGUCAUUUGUUCAUUGAAAUGCUCAAGGGAAAAGAGUGGCGACCAGCUCAUGAAUUUUUGAGAAAAUAUGCAUCACUUGUAGGGACAAUACAAGAUCCUCCUUUUCAAAAAGUCAAUGGUAGUGAUCCUAGCUCAUUAGCGCCUCAACAAAUUAACUUCACAACUCAUCAAUCACAACAACAUUCGUUUCAAAGACUUCCAAGUACAUCAAAGCAACCGCCAAAGCUAACUCAACUUAAUAUUGAGGAGCAGAAGCUUACUGUCUUCAGAGAACUCAUCACAAAUUUAUCAACCGUGAAACGACUGGAAGAUGUAAGGGAAAAUAAAGUCCGAUCGAUAAUAAACUUUCGUUCAUGUAAAUACAAGACCAAAAUCGCUUUAAAAACUCUCACAACACUCAACAAAUAUCUCUCAAAACACGGUCAUGUACUGAUUAUUCAAAUUCUUCAUGUUUGGUUCAAUAUGGAUUUAUAUGAACUGCAUGAAGAAUCAAACGACGACAGUUCAUCUUCCUCAUCUGAUUGUACAAUCACAAAUCACUUUGACUAUUUGGAUGUCGAUCGACAUAAUAAAGUCGAUCGUUUUAGUGAUCCAUCGCAUUGUGAUAAUCCAAAAGAUAUUAAGUUUAGUUCUAAAACAAGGUUUCAUCAUAGUGAUUAUGAUGCACCACCACCAAUGACUGCUGCCAGCGAUGAUAUUGAUGACACAAUGUUCGGUAGUAAUAAUAAAAUUAAAAGACUGCGAGAAUGCCUGCAUCGUGUUGAUAGUAAAUAUCAUAAACCGAUUAGAAUUUUUAAUAUAAAUUACACAGAAAAUAGCUUAUGCACAGCAUCUGUGGAUAGAAAAUUAUGUCAUAUGGCAGCCGGCUUUGAGGACUCGACAGUCCUACUCUGGUCACUUAAUGGAUAUGAAAAUUAUGGACGUAAACCUUACCAAUCAUUUGAUGAUCGACUUUGUCAGUGGUCGAUAAAUAACUGCAAUCGAAUUCUAACAGAUGAUCUCAGCGAUUAUGAGUGCGAUGAUGAUGUGAUGACAAACUUAAGUGACACUUAUCACCAGGACGAGACUGAUCAAGACAAAUGCUCAACAAGUAGUUCAACUAGAAAUGUUCACAAUCAAUUAAGAUUACCUCGAAGACAGAAAGUUGGAAACAAAUACAGGAGAAGUGCAAGCAUUCGUCAACAGUGGGAAGAUUACUCAGCGAAAAGUUGUAGUGAAAAUAAUUUUUCCACUGAUUCACAAAGCAUUGUUCUUCGAGGUCAUCGAAAUGCUGUCACUGAUGUUAUGUUUGGUCGUAAAGAUGACGUUCUGUUAAGUGUUUCAAGAGAUAAAACACUUCGUCUUUGGAAAGCUGAUGCUUAUACUUGUGCAUGUGUUUAUCGUGGUCACGAAUAUCCAAUUUGGUGCAUCGAUGAAAAUUCAAAUGGCUGCUACGCAGCAACAGGUUCUCGUGAUACAACUGCUCGUCUCUGGUCUUAUGAAAGAAAAUUUCCUGUUAAAGUUUAUGCUGGUCAUACUCAAGAUGUCGAUUGCAUCGCAUUUCAUCCAAACGGCAACUAUUUUGCCACUGGAUCAACUGACACGACAAUACGAAUGUGGUGCGUGACGACAGGAAAGCUUUUAAGAAUUUUUACUGAAUGUCAUUUGCCUGUCAAUUCAAUCAGCUUUAGUCCUGAUGGGAAACUUUUGGCAGCUGCUGGUGAUGAGACAAAAAUUCGAGUCUUUGAUUUAGCAGCUGGUCAACAACUUAUUGAUCUUAAAAAUCACACAGCCUCGGUUAAGUCACUCAGUUGGAGUUCAAAUAGCAAAAAAUUAAUGUCAGGUUGUGCUGAUGGAUCUUUCUAUAUUUGGAAUAUUAAUAAUUUAGGAUCGAGUUCACUCAACUCGUCAAGUAGCAACACAAAGGAUACAAAAUCAUCACCAGCUUUAGCUGGGCCAUCAAACUCAAAAUAUUCAACAACAACCACCGGUGAAUCAUCAAAAACAUCGUCAACUCCAUCAAGUAGUAGUAAUACUUCAUCAAUAUCAUCAUCUCUUGUCCAAUCAAACUCGACUGGCUGCAAACGAAUCGUAAAAGUAUUUUUCCAUGGCCCCGAUGAGCUCGUACAUGCCAUCGGAAACGACUGAUAACACGUUGGAUAUCAUUUUGAUGCAAGAAGACGAGCCUAAGCAACAGCAAAAGUCAUAAAUUAACAAAAGAAAAAAAAUAUUACAGAAAAAUGUUCAAGAAAAUUUAAAUGAAAAAAUGUUUAAGUUAAAGUUUUCAUGUUUUUUUUUCUUCUCAUUGAAUUUUGAGAAGGGAAAGUUUGACAGGAAUAAUAUUUAUUUUUAACUCGCCGAUUAUUUUUAUUUGUUCGCAUGAAAAAAAACCAAACAAUACAAUGUUGUAAAUUUAAUUAAUUAACUUAAAAAAAGGAAUAAUAAGAGAAGAAGGAAAAUAAAACCGAUGAGAUUUGUUAACAAAAAAUGCUUGAUUUUAAUUAGCAGAACGAAAUGAAUUAGGUAGUUUUGAAAAAAAGGAAAUGUUAAAAUAUU